UUCAAGUCCCAUGUCCUGAAAAGCGACGCUGAGAUAUUUUGUCCAUGACGCUGCGCCGUAAUGUUGCCGUAAGUCAACAUUAACUGUCGCGAUAUUCAGCCCAGAAGCAGAGGUCACAACAACCCGUUCAGCAUGGGAGGUGACCACGGCCACAGCAAGAUGUCCAUGCCUGAUUGGCAACAGUGGAAGACGGAGGGAACACCACUGAAGUUCACACAGGAGAGGCUGGCAGCCAGGGGCCUCAAGGACCCAUGGGCACGCAAUGAGGCAUGGAGAUACUCAGGAGGCUUCGCUCGUGCUGUGACUUUCUCAGAAGUUCUGCUGAAAGGAUUUAAAUGGGGCUUUGCUGCCUUCACCGUUGCGUUGGCAGUGGAGUACGCCCUGUCCCCUCCAAAGAAAGGAGGCCACUAAUGACCAUCGCUGCCCUGCAUGGCCAGAUCAAACCUAAUAGAGUCUAAUGAUAUUCUGUAUUUUCUGUUUAUUAAAUGUCUUUUUGAUCACCA